AUGGAAUUUCUUUAUGUUAUUUAUCUUAUAUUAAUUUUGAUUAUUCAAUUAUGUUAUUCUCAAAAUUAUGAUAAAGAAAAUUUAAAAAAACUAACAGAAUAUCGCCAACAACAUAGAAAAACAGUUGAUGGUCGACUAUGUGCAGCAGCUUUUGUACAAGAUGAUCAAACAUAUACUGAUUGUACAAAAGCAACAGAUCCUAAUGGAAUAACAGGAAAAGAAUGGUGUUAUGUAGAAGUUCAAUUAAUAGGAAAAGGUAAUAGAGAUUGGGAUUAUUGUAAAGGUGUAAUUAAUUAUGAUAUUGUUCGCUCAAAAGCUAGAACUUUUUUUCAAGCGAAAUCUAAUGAACUAAGUAGUGCUGUGAAUAAAUUAGAUGAAGAAAAUAAAAAGCUAGGUAGUAUAUAUGAAAAAUACCAAGAGAUAUGUGGAACUACUUCUGAAUUAUUAAAGAAGAAAAUUCAUGAAAUUAAUGAUAUAGCUAAAAAUUCAAGUAGAAAUAUUAAUAAAUUAUUAUUACUAGCAUCUUCUAUAAGUGAUACUGAAACAAAAAUGUAUGAACUAAUAGAUGAAGUGGAAAAAAAUAGAAAAUCAUUUCUUGAAAAUAAAAGAAAUUGUGGUAUAUUGAAAGGAUAUAUUGUUGAGGAGAGAGCGAAUGGACUAAUAGGUAGUUACUAUGAUAAUGCCUAUUUUACAGGAUAUCCUACUUCAAUUAAUAAUGAUAAAUAUUUAAAUUUUAUAUGGGAUACAGGGGUUCCAGUAGAAAAUAUUCCUUAUCAGCACUUUUCCAUUAGGUGGGAUGGAUAUUUAAAAAUACCACAAACAGAUAAUUAUGUUAUUAUAAUUGAACAUGAUUGUGGUGUACGAAUAUUUCUUGAUAAUUCUCCCAUAAUUGUAGAUAAUAUGCCACAUCCUAAAGAAGAUGAAUCAGAAGAAAAUAGGCCUAUAUCUAUCCUUCCUAUAGAAAAAAUAAAUGCAAAUGUUCAUAAAGUCAGUUCAGAAAAAUUAGGGCUAAUAGGAGGGAAGAAGUACAAAUUUCGCGUUGAAUAUUUUCAUUUAAGUACUAUUAAAUACGAAAAUCCUGAUAUUGCUCAUAUAAUUUUAUAUUGGAAAUCUGAUAAUAUAGCAGAAGAAAUUAUACCAACUAAUUAUUUCUUUCAAGGAAAUGUAACUAGCCCUUUAAGAAUUACAGAACUAAAAGGUGAUGAAUUUGAAAUUAUUCUGCUUGAAAAUGGGACAUAUUCCUUUAUGAAUUCUUUAGAUUAUAUAAUUACAGAUAUUCCUACUAUUCAUGAAAAAGCAAAAGGUAUUAGAACACGUUAUGACUUUAGCAAAAAUAUUGUUAAAUUUAAAAUAAAUGUAUUUAGCACAGUUUUUAUAGCAAUACCACAGAAAAAUGAUAUUCCAUUUAAUGAAGUAUUUAAAAAAAAAUUUGUAAAUACAAAAGAAACCUUGUCCAUAUAUCAAGUACAAAAUACGAACACAAAAGAAUCUAAACAAAACAUAUACAAUAUAUAUUCAUCUGAUUAUCAUGAAGGAGAUGUAGUUAUAACUUUUCCAAAAUCAACACCUUUUAUCAUAUUUGUUGAGCAAAAAGAAUUAAGAUCUACCAAUAGUUGUAAGGGAUAUGUGCAAGCAGUUUCUUUAACAAAUUCAGUUUAUUUUGAUUCCUGUUAUAGUUCUUCUUACGAAUCAGAAAAAUUUGAUUGUAAUGCUGGUUUUAGUGGAAACAAUGAAGAAAAAGAACAUUCUACAUGGAAAACAUCUAAAAACAAAUCAUUAGGGCAAUAUAUAAAUAUUAAUUUUAAAAAUGACAUAGAUAUACACUCUUUUACUUUUAGAACAUUAACUUCAACAGAGAAUGUGGUUAAAGAAAUUUCUUUAUAUUUUCCUAAUUUAAAAAGUCCUGAAGUAUUUUUAAUAUCUCCUGGUCAUCAUAAUUAUAAUCUUAAAAUACCCAUAAAAACAAAAACAGUAAAAGCAGUCAUAUCGAAAGUAAACGAUUCAAAAAGUCAGAGUGGAGGUAACAUCACAUUUUAUGGUAUCCCAUGUAUAGAUUCGAAAAAUCAGAUAAAAAUUUUAGAAGAAAAAAAACAAUAUGAAAUUAAUGUUUUUUUUAGAAGUAAGAAUGUCAAUAUAUUAAAACCCUUGAAUUGGCUAAUAGAUAAUGGGUUGAAAAAACAAUCACAUGGAGCUUUUAAAUAUGGAUGGGAAAAAUUGCCUACUCCUAUAGGAAUGGAACAUUUAGAUAAAAAAGAUCUUUCUCAUGCAGGAAUUUCAUUUCAUCCUAUUGAAUGUAAUAAUGAUUCAUGUGAUACUUUUAAUAAAUGGUCAAUAGAUUUGUUACAUGAAGGAAUGUAUUAUGUAACAAUAGAAAUUGGAUCACCUACUGGAAGACAAGAAUUAAAUUCAAUUAAAGUAAAUGAUCAAAAUUUUAUAAAUGACAUUUUUUUAAAGUCAAAACAGUAUACAAAAGUUACUGGUGAUGUUAACAUAAAUAAAAACAAAACUCUUGAAAUUUCUACCAACACAAACACUGUAAUACAGUCCCUACAAAUUUUAUUCCUCCACAAGUAA